GCGGCCGGCGGGGAAGCAGGAAGGGCGGGGCGGGGCGAGGCGGCUGCUGCGUCGGGCGGUGAGCGGGCCGGGCUGGGACUCAGGGGGAUGCCCCGGGGUUCCCCCGUGCAGGGGGCCGGGUAGGGGGAGCGUCCCCACCUGGGCCCCCCUUGGGGCCAUCUGGGGCUGCCGCACUGCGACCCCCCCCCCCGCCCAAUACAGCCCGCCAGGAAGCCCCACCCCAGCGCCCCCGUUACUCACAAUCCCCCCUCCCCAGCUAUUGCCCCAACACGCCCCGCUCCCUAUCCCCCACAAUCCCCUGGGGCCCCGACCCAGCACCGCCAUGUUCUCUGUUACCCACACUCCCUUGCGUGGGGCCAUCAGGGACCCCUCCCCCAUUGCCCUGCGUGGGGCUCUGGGCCAUUGAACCCCCAUUUCCUGGAGCCCUGACGGGCGCCCGGCAGCGGUCGGUUCUCCAGGCUUCGGAAUCUUCUGGACGCCCUGCCCGCCCCCAGCCCCUGCUUGGUCUUACCCAGAAACCCCAAGGGCCCCCCCUCGUCCCUGGCCUCAAUGUGUGUGUCCCACGGGGCCCCUCCAGCUGCCCCCCCUUUUCCUGGGAUUGCUACUUGCCCCAUUUUCUUGAUGCCUCAGUUUCCCCAGGAUUAAAACUGGGUUCGUAGCAGCCUAGCCCCCAGAGAGAGUCCUGAUUCUCAGUUCAAUAAUCCUAUUACAUACAGGGACCCCUCCCCUGGCACUGAGAUGUGGUCACCACGGAGGUCGGGCGUGGGGCCUGCUUAUACAAAGAUCCCUGUCCCGUGCUGCCACUUCUCGGGCAGGGCUUGAGUGAGACUAGGAGCUUGUGGCUCUGGUGUGGGACACUCUUUUGCUCUGACUGGCUUCUCUCUCUCCCACCCAGGUGAUCCCUCCCAGGGGUUGCCAUGGGUGUGCGGAGUGGGGAGAGUUGGGCCCAGCUUAUAACGUCCUUCCGAGCAGGCCCCACCGCCUUCCUUCUGGCCCAUGGGAGUGAUGAUACCUUCCUGGCUGAGCUGCUGCAGGACCUGAGCAGUGAGAGGAUCAGUGAGCAAACCAAGGUCUCCAUGCUGACCCUUCUGCUGGAGUUCCCCACCCUGCUGUGCCCAGACCCCGAGGUGGGCGAGCAGGUGGCUGGCUCUCUCCUGGCUAACUUUGCCCAGCUGCCCCACUCACCCAAGUUGUCCUGGCUGCGGCGCCACCUGCUGGUGGUGAUGGGGACUGUGCUGAUCUCCACUGAGGCCUUUGGGGAGGGCUCCCAGGCCUCCCGUGACUACCUCUCUCUGCUGCUGCACCUGGCCUCGGACCUCAAUGACCAGCGGCAGGGGCCAGGUGACCGCGGGGUGCGGGCGGCUGCCUGCGAGAGUCUGAGGGAGCUGGAGUGCUGCUACCCUGGCUUGUUCUCCCGGCGGUUGGACUUGCUGCACUCCAUGCAGCAGCAGGAGCUCACACCUGUCCACCAGGUCUAUACGCUGCUGUACAGCCUGGCCCUGCGCAACGCCGUGCUGCUACUGGCCCGUCAGGGAGAGGGGGCCCUCAGUGAAUUGCUGGCUGGCAAUGAGGGGCUGGCUUGGGAGGCGGUGGGGAACGCUGGGAAAGUCUCUCCAGCCUCCAUUGACCGCCUGCUGCUGCUGCCCACCCCGGCCGAGACCAAGGAGCUGAAGUCGGUGCUGUCCCAGCUGCUGGAUGGCUCCUAUCUGCUGACACCACCUGCCCAGAGCCAGCUUCUGUGGCAUCUGGCCCAGGUGGUGUGCGUGAUCCGCACCCAGUCACCUGCCAUCUUCAAGGCGCAGCUGGUGCGGUUGUUUGGCACAGCCCACGUGGCGCUGCUGCACGCCAGCCUACAGCUCAAAAGGCUUUUCACGGACAGCCUCUUCACGGCCGAGGACGAGGCCUUCCUCCUGCGCCGCCUUGUGGGCCUGGCCCAGCAUCCCUCACUGCCCUCGCCCCUCAAACUCUUCUACCUUGACUGCCUGCUGCAUUUCCCCGAGAACCGCCCGCUGGGCUCUGGCUCUGAGGAGGGGCUGCCCGUCCUGCUCACACCCCGCCUGGCCUCCUGCCUCUUCCCCUCCCUCUUCAACGAUCCGGGCACCAUGCUGGCACGCCUCAACCUGCUGAGCCUGGUGUGCCUGGAAAACCAGGGCCCCGAGGCUGACCAGGGUGUUGGGUAUAUCUUUGAGCAUGUCCUGGCACUGGCAGACACCGUGGCAGGCAAAGGUGGGCGUGAGGCCACUGGGCUCUUCUUCCGAGCUGCCUACCUCUUUGCCCGCUACUUUGACUCAAGGUCACAGCUCAUGGCAGAGCUGACAGGCACCCUGGUGAGGCUGUAUCGCCAGUGCUGCUCCCUGGCCCCCAACCUCAUCAACCUGCUCAAUGAGACCCAAGCAGUGCUGGAUGACCCAGCCUGGCCUACCUCCUUGAGCAAGGCCCUGCAGGAGCUGACUGUGGGCGUGCCACUGUUGCCACCCUUGGAUCAGGAUCUGGGCUGGCACCUCAAGUUGUUGGCCCGGGUGGCAAAGGAGAGUGGGGUCCCGCAGGGCAGCACACUUGGAUUCCUGCAGCGCCUGGUGCGGCUGGCAGGUGCAGGACAGCUGGGAGAUUGGCAUAUUGGCCAGGCUUUGCUGAGCGUCUGCCGCAACCUGCUGCAGCACCAGCCUCCACCUGCCAUGGGGUGCCAGCUGGCCGAGCUGCUCCAAGAUGUCUCACUGAGCUACCCGGAUGUGGAUGUGCAGGAUCGGGCCCGCUUCUACUACACGCUCCUGUCAUGCCUGUCUGGGGACAAGCUGGGGGCAGUGCUGGCACCUGGUGGACGCCUCAAAGCCCGGACUCUCUCCUCCUCUAUCGUGGCAGACAGUGAGAACUUCACUGCCACACUGACCGUGCAUCCAGCCCCACAACCCCUGCUGCAGCUGCAGCGCGAGGCCCCAGCCAAGCCCACCCUGGUACCAGCGCCAGCCUCCCAGCCGUGCCCUGCUGAUGCUCAGGAGGUGAAGGACUGCUGCCGACGGCUCCUGGAGCUGCAUUCUCCAGCUCGGCUCAGCCUGACAUACCGGCUGCUCCACACAGGAUCCUCAUCUGAGCAACUCUUCUGCCUCCUGCUGCACUUUGAGCACUCCGACAACUUCUAUGAGCCAGUGCCUGAUAUGUGUGUGCCCUGCCUCUCCACCACCCACCCAUCACCCCUCCUCACACUCCACCUGCAGCCCCGCUGCCCCUACCCCACCAAGCUGGCAGUAAGCGCCUUGUACACCACGCAAACCGGCCUUACCUACUGCAGCCAGCUAGAACCACUGCAGGUGGCCUUUGCGGACAUCUUCCUGCCUCUGGCACUGCCUGUGAAUUGGGACUGUGAGAGCCGGCGCCACCUCUUUGACACCCUCUGGUCCUCCCUGUGCCCAAAUGGGUCAGGUGACUGCGCCGAGAGCCUCUUCUGCUGGCCCACUACCCAACAGCCCUUGGGUGUCCUGGUGCAGGCUCACUUUGCCAGCUACCUGGUGGCAGAGGAUCUGGGCACCUACAAGAUUGCCAUAGCCCUGCCACCCCAUUAUCAUGUGCUGCUGCAGGCACAGACGACCCAGGGGGCAGCGCGCAUCACCAUUCGAACUGACAACUGGAAGGUGCUCCCCCACCUGAGUGCCUACCUGCGGAAGGUGGUGGAGUGACAGAGCCUGAAAUAGGGAUUGAGGGCACCCUCCAGGAAGGGGUAUCUGUGAGUGGGAGUAAAGGGGACAUAUCUCCAGCCACCGGGGGGGAGGGGGGAUUUAAGAGUGGGAAUAGGGGCACACAUCUCUGGUCCCCUGAGUGGGACUGGGAGCCUGAAAUGUAAAUUUCUGAAGCUCAGUACAAAUGCCUUUUGCAAGUAAAAUUUACAGUGAAAUGAACAACUUAGUGUGUGUGGGGAGAGGUGCAUUGGGGUGGGGACGGGUGGUGCAAUGGGAGCUCUGGGGGCAGAUGCAAUGGGGUUGAGCUGGAGGAGUGUGGAGGUGGUGCUAUGCAUUUGUGAGAGUGCAAUGAGGUAGUGCUGUGUGCCCGAGCUCCUGUACUGCUCCCAGCUAAUGGGGAGGCUCCAGCGCUGGUGUUGCUUGGAGCAGCUGAGCUGUAGUGCUGAAAGGACAGCUGGGAUGCAUUUCCCCCCUCACAUGCUGGAGGACUCCAUGCCUGCCCUGGGGGCCUGAUGCUGAAAGGAGGGUUUGGUUUCUGAGGCGUGUUUGGUCCCUGGCUGCUCUGCUGGUACAGGGGUUGGUGAGCAAGGAUU